AUGUCUGGACGUGGCAAACAGGGCGGCAAGGCGCGCGCUAAGGCCAAAACGCGCUCCUCUCGGGCCGGCCUGCAGUUCCCGGUGGGCCGCGUGCACCGGCUGCUCCGCAAGGGCAACUACGCCGAGCGGGUGGGCGCCGGCGCCCCGGUGUACCUGGCGGCCGUGCUCGAGUACCUGACGGCCGAGAUCCUGGAGCUGGCGGGCAACGCGGCCCGCGACAACAAGAAGACGCGCAUCAUCCCGCGCCACCUGCAGCUGGCCAUCCGUAACGACGAGGAGCUCAACAAGCUGCUGGGCAAAGUGACGAUCGCGCAGGGCGGCGUGCUGCCCAACAUCCAGGCCGUGCUGCUGCCCAAGAAGACCGAGAGCCACCACAAGGCCAAGGGCAAGUGAGAGCCAACCCGCUACCCACGACAGCGAACAACCAAAGGCUCUUUUCAGAGCCACCCACAGUUUCAUAUGAGAACUUGUAACAUGACACCGUGAAAAGUUGGCAGUUGGAAAGUUUGCUUUACCCAGGCAAAUAAUUGAGGCAUAAUAAAGUUACUCAUUACUGGUUUAAGAA